AUGUCCAUUGAGUCAGUGAUGCCAUCCAACCGUCUCAUCCUCUGUCGUCCCCUUCUCCUCUUGCCUUCAAUCUUUCCCAGCAUCAGGGUCUUUUCCAAUGAGUCGGCUCUUCACAUGAGCUGGCCACAGUAUUGGAGUUUCAGCUUCAGCAUCAAUCCUUCCAAUGAAUAUUCAGGAUUGAUUUCCUUUAGGAUGGACUGGUUUCAUCUCCUUGCAGUCCAAGGGACUCUCAAGAGUCUUCUCCAACACCACAGUUCAAAAGCAUCAAUUCUUUGGCGCUCAGCAUUCUUUACAGUCCAACUCUCACAUCCAAACAUGACUACUGGAAAAACCAUAGCCUUGACUGGAUGGACCUAUUUUGUCCAGUGA